AUGACCUACCGCGCCAUUUUGGGCAUUCUCUUUAAAUCACAUCAGUUCCUCCCCGGCUAUAAAUGUGGAGUCCAGGCAAAUGUAAUGGGAGUCGUUGGAGGACUGAGCUCUGAUACCUCUUUGUACAUAGCAGAUAUUGUAAGUCUUUACAAAAUUCAACAGUUUGCUUAUGUCUCAUCUCAGCCUCUGGCACCACCUCUUUCUCUUUGCAACAGCUGCUGCCGUCCAGGUUACAGGAAGAAAAAGAUAGAGCGGAAGAAAUUCUGCUGUUACGAUUGCGCUCCAUGUCCAGAUGGGAUGUUCACAAAUCAGACUGACAAGGAAACCUGUGCCAAAUGUCCAGAAGGUCACUAUGCAAACAAAUUCCACAAUCAAUGCAUUCUGAAGAGUCCAAACUUUCUAGCAUUUGGGGAUACUUUGGGCAUUGUAUCAAUAUUUUUUGGGUUUGUGUUAUCACUGAUCACAGUCUUUGUGCUUGUAAUCUUCAUUAUGCACCAAGACACCGCUGUAGUCAAAGCCAACAACAUUGGUCUCACUUACAUUCUCCUCGUCUCCCUCCUCUUGUGUUUCCUUUCUUCCUUGCUGUUCAUCGGCGUCCCUAGUAAGGCAUGCUGCCUUUUCCGACAAACCACUUUUGGCACCGUCUUCUCUAUCGCCCUCUCAAGCAUUUUGGCAAAAACCGUAUCUGUCAUUUUGGCAUUCACAGCUACUAAGCCAGGAUCACAGAUGAGGAGAUGGCUGGGGAAAAGACUGGCAUAUUCCAUUCUCCUUUCCUGCUCCAGUUUUCAAGCGGGGCUUUGUGCUCUUUGGCUUUUCACUUCUCCUCCGUUCCCAGAUUUGGACAUGCAUUCAUUGCCUGCAGAAUUUAUACUGUUAUGUAAUGAAGGGUCCGUCGCCAUGUUUUACUGCGUCUUAGGCUACAUGGGCUUUCUUGCCAUUGUCAGCUUCACUGUGGCCUUUCUGGCCAGGAAGUUACCUGGCUGUUUUAACGAAGCCAAAUUCAUCACCUUCAGCAUGUUGGUCUUUUGCAGUGUUUGGCUGUCUUUUCUUCCAGCCUACUUCAGCACAAGAGGAAGAUAUACAGUAGCCGUGGAGAUCUUCUCUAUCUUGGCCUCAGGGGCUGCAUUACUCAGCUGUAUCUUUUUCCCCAAAUGUUACAUUAUUCUACUAAGGCCCGAUUUGAACAAAAGGGAGCAGCUAAUGCAAAAGAGAGAUAAUUAGUUUUUUAAAGGCUUGGUUUCAGUUCAGUCUUUCCCUUCACAUGUAUAAAGAAAGAAAUGACUAAAUGAAUCAGAUAGCAAACAAAUACACAGUAGCUACCAUCCUAAAGUUUUUUCUGUUAAAACACACAAGAGGUCUGCAGUUGUUUGAUGGAUAUUACCAUACUUCUUUCCAAACCUAUUCUCCAUGUUUCAGGAAACAUCUAAGGAUCAGUAGAUGUACAGAAGAUUAGAUCUGUGCAAAGGAAGCUCUUCUAUAGUCUCUGGCUCU